GAGACGUGGUUGCUAUUGCGACGUUCCAUGUAAACAAAGUGGCGUGUUAGAGUAGUAGUCUAUUGUCUACAGGAAACGUGGGAACUGACAACAAAUAAGCACGAAGUUAAACACUUUGCAAGGAACAUGGCCACAGAUGAACAAACAGUUAUGGAAGUAUUACCGAGCUCAGAAACGCGUGAAGAAAGUGUACAGGAAACAAUGAGUGUGGGCGGAACUGAAACUACAAGCGAGGGAGCUUCAGGUGGCGGUGAUGGUGGCCGGACUUCUGAAGUUUCAGGUGGAGAGAACAAAUGUGGAUCAUCAAGUAUAACAGGGAAAAAAGAACCGCUUUGUUUAAUCGUUCUUGGCAUGGCAGGCUCAGGCAAGACUACUUUUGUGAAAAGGCUGGACUCUUAUUUGAAUAUUCGAAAGCCCCAUCAUGUUAUCAACUUGGAUCCAGCUGUCGACAAAGUUCCAUACAUGUCAUACAUAGAUAUUAGAGAUACUGUGAACUAUAAGGAAGUUAUGAAGCAGUAUGGCCUUGGCCCAAAUGGUGGAAUUGUUACAUCUUUAAACCUUUUCUCGACAAUGUUCAAUGAUGUUCUAAAACUAAUUGCUAAGAGAGAAAAGGAAAUAGACUAUGUAAUAUUUGAUACACCAGGUCAGAUAGAGGUUUUUAACUGGUCAGCCUCGGGGCCAAUUAUUGCGGGAGCUCUUGCUGCUACUUACCCAACGGUCAUUGUUUAUGUCCUGGAUUCUGUUCGUUCCACAAAUCCACAGACAUUCAUGUCAAAUAUGCUUUAUGCUUGUUCAAUUCUUUAUAAAUAUAAGCUUCCCUUCAUAAUUGCUAUGAAUAAAAUUGACAUAGUUGACUGUAAGUAUGCUAUGGAUUGGUUGCAAGAUUUUGACGAGUUCCAAGAUGCUCUUGCCUCAGAAUCAUCAUAUGCCUCAAACUUGACAAGGUCAUUGUCUCUAGCACUGGAGGAGUUUUAUAGCACCAUUAAAGCUUGUGGUGUUUCAGCUUUUACUGGGGAAGGGAUGGAAGCUUUCAUGCAACUUGCAGAUGAAGCUGCCAUUGAAUUUGAGGAAUAUCGUGCUGAACAUGAAAUGCUCAAAGAAAAGAAAAAACAUGAAAAUGAAGAACAUCAGAAGCAUGACUUGGAGAAAAUUGAAAGCGACUUGAAGGAAGAUGGUUUAUGUUCAGUGAGAAAGGCAAUCAGAGAAGACACUGAAAUCUACCUGACUUGUGGAGAUGAUAGUGAGGAAGAAAAAGAAGAACUGGAUGAAGAUGACACAGAGGAGAAAAAAGAAUUUGAGUCAUUUCAACAAUUUCUGGCUAACCAGAAGACAAAGAGGGAUCUGCAGAGAAAAAAAUGUACUGACUCCAUAAACCAAUAAAAUUUUUUUCAAACCUUGUUGUAUAUAAUUACUGUAUGUAAAGAGCAAUGGGUAACUAGUUUAUUAAAUUUUCAUCAGUACUGUAUUUGCUUUAAGUUGUCUUAUGCUCCUUCGAGUUUAUAAUCACAACCUCAUCACAAUGAAAUUCAGAAAACUUGUCUUUCAUAUCGUGUUUCCUGUGUGUAUGUCCACUUUUUUUUUAGGAUAAGACUUAUGUUAAAUGCCUUAUCUUUUCUUGAGGGGGAUGGCUUCAUUUAGAAUUUCAUUUAAACAUUUUGGAUGCUUUUACAUGAUGAACACUGGAAGGAGAACAUUAAAUAUUUUCAUUGAGAAUCAAGUAUGUGUGGUAAGAAUGAGCAUUACCUUAAGAAAUAUAUACAAGUUGUGGUCAGUAAUUUCAAAGAAUAAUUUGAUUGUAGCAUACUAAGUGCGGCAAAAAGUGAAAUACAUCUUCUGAAUACAUGUUAUCUCGGUACUCAGCCCCUCAAAAGGUGUUGCAUCAUCUCUCACCAGUGCAUGCAGUUGGCAGGAUAUUGUAGCCAUUCAUGGGUUUUGAUCAUAAAGUACAUGGUUUACAGUGCCUGAGAAGCAUUGAUUGGUAAAUCAAGAAAUUUGAUUGACCCUAGAAAACAAGUUGCUGGUGCAAGAGGUCAUCAUGUCCCACAUACUGAACUUUAUUCACACAUCUGCUAUACAGUGCUGGAAGGAGAUGGAGGGCUUACUACUAAGACACUAGACAUGUGUUUAGACAUGCUCUUCAUUUUUACAAUUCAUAAAGUUAAAUACAAUACAGUUAUAUUUAACUUUUGAAUUUUUCUAUUCCACUUCCUACAUAGAAAAUGGAAAGGAUGAAACAGGAAUUAAACGAAAGGCACAGAUAAAGAAAAUAAGUAAGACACAAGAAAACAGUAUCCCUUUCAAGAUUAGUGUGGAGGUGGAUAAAUGGAGAGUAGACUACUUAUGUAUGACUGCAGUCUAAGUGCAACCAUAAGAAAAGAGCAGCAGUAAUGAAAUGGAUAAACUUUAUUUUAUCUGGAUAUGUAUUUAUAGUCUUGUUACUAUAAAUAUUAUACAGCUGCAGAAUAAAGUUGGGAAGAAAAGUUAAUUGGUACUGUAAUAUUUUAGGUUUCUAUAUAAAUUAUGAUUUUGUGAGGCAUUGCUUUUAAAUAUGAAUAUUUUCAAUCUUGGUUAUUGUACUAAAGUAUAUUUUUAUUUUGGUUGAAAUGCCAUGUUCUAUCAGCAAAAAUAUUUAUUUAAUAAAAUUAAAAAAUUGGUAUUUAAAA